AAAGUAAACAAAGACACGUAACAAAAGAAAUAGGUACGUACAAUAAUGGAGAGUUUGUUAGCACUAGUGUUGUUGGUAGCAGUGGCGCUGGCAGGCCAGCUGAUUGCACAAUCCUCGUCAUCAUCGGCGGAGAGCGUGGAAGGGCCGGACCACCGGUGCCGCCGACAAACUGACGGGACUUGGGAGCAAUGCGACCCAGGACGCUGCUGCAGUAAGUCGCGUUACUGCGGCGACGGCUACGCACAUUGUAGCCCCAAACAUUGUGUCAACCAGUGUCCUCCACCACCUCCUGACGUAGAACCUGCAACGGGGAAAAUUGUGGUGGUGGCUACCGCCACAGAAAACCACUACUUUAAUGCCUCUUCUUCUUCUUCCUCGUCGUCGUCAUUGUCGUGUGCAACUUCCCUCUCGAGCCUGUCCUUGUCUUCCCUUCACAAAUAUCCUUGGGCUGCUGUGACAGUGAUGGCCGAUGGGAUCGAGUUGGAUGUCGACACCUACAACAAACUCGACACAGAUAAUCAUGAAAGUACUGCAGUGGCAGGCCAGCUGAUUACUCAAUCGUCGUCGGCCUUUCCGCCGGAGCGGCAGGACCACUGGUGUGGCAAACUCAGCGACGGGACUUGGGGUGCGUGCGACCGGGCGAAGGGACGCUGCUGUGGUCGGUGGGGUUACUGCGGCGACGGCGACUCGUAUUGUGACUGGUUUCAUUGUACCAACUAUUGUCCAUCACCGCCGACGCCGCCACCUCCUGCUUCCGGAGGAGCUGGGACGGGAACGGCCGUAGUGGUUACCGCUGUCGAAAACCACCACAACGAUCAUCAUCAUAAGUUGCGGAGCCAGAAGUUGAAAUCAGAACCUAACCCCUCUGGCUCCGCCACAGACCAUCAUCAUGUGAUCAUAGCCGCCGCCAUUAAUGCAUCUUCUUCUUCGUCGUCGUCGUCAUCCUGUGCAACUUCCCUCUCGAGCCUGCCCUUGUCUGCCCUUCACAAGUAUCCUUGGGCUGCUUUCGCACCUCGAAAUGGAAAUGCUACUACCUAUUGCGGCCGAUGUUUGAAGGUAACGAAUCUUGGUGUCGGAGGAGUUCGUCAUGAAGUGAAGGUACGUGUUGUUCGAGAAGGUGACAACGAGGGGCUGGAGUUGGACGUGGACACCUUCAACAAACUUGGCACGGAUGGCCAUAAACAUGUCGCAGGCCGUCUUUCAGUGGAGUAUCAGUUUGAGAGUUGUUGAUGAAGACUAUGAAUUGUGAAAAAAGAAAAAUAGCAAACGCAUCGAGUUUUUCGUUUUCAUGGAGUGUCGGGUUUAUGCUUUAUAGUAGAAAGAAAUAAGGUAUCGACUACUUCUACGAGUCGAAGAUAACGACCGAAAAUAAAUGUUUAUGUGCUAUAUAUAAACUCUGGUUUCUAUUUCAACUUGAGUGCAACAAAUGCUUGAUAUGAACUCUCUGUAUAUGUGAGGAUUUAUAUGUCUAUAAAUAUUUGGGGAACUCCUCGUCAUUGAAUUUGGAGAAUUGGGAAAUAAAAUCCAUGAAAAACUCACUGGCAAAUUCUUAUUUUCGAUCUGAUUGGCUUUUCACAAUUUCAUUUUUUUCUGAUUGGAUUCACCCAAUUUGAUCAAUGAAAAGAAACAUAGGAAGAAGAUGAGGGAGAUUGGCAGAAGAAGAUCCCAACCUCUCAUAGUCACAUCCAAAACAUUCCGACAUGUAGCAAAUCAGCCUCAUGAAUUUUCGAAAUGAAGCUGGAUUCAUCUCCACCACAGAUUUGGCCAAAGCUGCAACUACCCUGAUGGCCCAGAGGUCCUAUGGCCAUAGCCAUUCAGAAAUGGCAAGUUCUUCCUUUUGCAAUUAGGCGGCAUCUACCAAAGAAAGUAUGUGAACUAGCGGCGGAUCCAGGAUAUAAGAGAGCACUGGGUCGCAUUUGAAUAAAAUAUUAGAUACCAU